AUGACAGAGGCAACGUCAGAACCAUACGAGAUACUUGGAGCAAACAAAACUAAUAAUGACUAUCAGUUACGUUUAGCAUAUCGGACAAAAAUUCAUGAAUACAAAAAAGAUCGACUUCAAGCCCCUGAAAAUCGUAAGAUUACAGCUGAACAUUUUCGACUUAUUUGUCGUGCUUAUGAAACAUUAUCUGAUCAUGAUAAACGUAAAAAAUAUGAUCAACAUGGAGAAUGGAUUAGAGAUAUAUCUUUAGAAGACUAUACAUUACAACAAUUAGCUGCUGAACCUGAACUUGCAAAUGAAUUAAAAAUUCGUUUACAAAAUGCUACAUUAAAGUGUAUAAAUGCACAAGGUCCACAAACAGGGCACACAGCUCUUUAUUGUGCCGCACGUGCUUGCAAUGUAGAAGCUGUCUACUAUUUAACAGAACAAGGAGCUGAGCCUGAUCUACCACAGAGAACAAGAAGUACAGCUCUACAUGUAUGUGCUUUUUAUGGACAUCCUGAAAUUGUUCGCUGUUUAUUAGAAUGUGGAGCCGAUUAUCGGAAAAAAAAUGCUGGAAAUUACACAGCGGAAAAUGAGUCUUAUGGUGAUGCUGUAAAAAGAGUGUUUAUUGAUUUGAAAGAAACACCUUUUGUACAAGCAGCUGCAGAUCAACUUGAUUGGUUUAAAAAUAAUAUUGGUAAUAUGAAGCAACAUAUCGAUGAACAAUAUUAUGUGCAACGACAAACAUUACUUCAUUGCGCUAGUAAAAAAGGUUAUUUAGAUCUUGUUCAUUGGUUAGUCGAAGGACAAUCAGCCAAUUUAGAUAUUGUUGAUAUCAAUUUAAAUUCAGCUUUACAUCUUGCUUCUUAUGGUGGACAUAAAUCAGUUGUUGAAUAUCUUGUUAAUCGAGGUGCUAAUCCACUUUUACUUAACAAAUGGUGUAUGACAGCUGAACAAGAAGGUUUUAUUCAUGGAAAAACUAUUACGGAUCUAUUUGAAUCGAUGCGUGCACGUAAUAUGUUUGAAAUGGCUACUAAUGGUAUAGAUUGGUGGUUUGAAUACUAUUUUGGUGAUAAAUCACCAGAUACAGUUAAUGACAAUGGUGCUAAUUUAUUGUAUGUUGCAUGUCGUUGUGGCCAAACAUCAGUAGCAAAAUGGCUUUUAGAAAAAGGAGCUAAUGUUAAUAUUCAGCUUUUAACAGGUGCAAAAAGUACACCAUUACAUGGUGCUGUCUUUUAUGGGCAUGUUUCAACAGUUGAUUUGUUAUUGAGUCAUGGAGCUGAUAUAAAUAUAAAAAAUAUAUAUAAUGUCACUGCGUUUGAGGAAGCAAGAACGGAUGCAAUGAAAGAACAUUUAAAACAAUAUCGAGCUAGUUUAAAAGGAAAUCAUUUUUUUUCUGUUCAUCUCUACGGUGACGGUGCAACGUCUGGUAAUAAACCAUUAACAGAAUUAAAGUUACCUUGUAAUGCUACAUAUAACGAUCUUGUGAAAGCAAUGCCUGACACAAUACGGGAUAAAUAUCCGAAUUUUUCAAUCGCUCGACGUCCAUUGGAUUUUGAAAAAGAUGGCAUAACAGUUCUAUCAGCUGUAUAUCGUGCUCGACAUGGAAACUCAAGAUUUGUCCAAUUACCACUAUGUAUAACAAUACAUGAAAGAGCACGUUAUACACAUAGUGGUCAUAUUCUUCGUGAAGAACUUCCUAAUUAUUCUACAAAUGAUAUUGAUAAUGUCUUUUAUUCAAAAGGUCAAAGUUCAUCAAUGGAAAUUUAUGGUAAAGUGUCUGAAAAUCAAAUAUUUACAUUUGGAGAUUUAUCAUUUACAUUUCCGAGUAAUUGUGCAGAUGAUAAACUUACAAUUGAUAUUGAUUACAUAACAUCACCAGGUUUUGAUGUUUUCAAUUUUCACGGAUGUAUCUGCCUUUUUACAACAAGAUAUCGUAAUGGACGAAGCGCUAAAUUGAAUGAUAUGCCAAUGGUUUCAUUCAAAGGUGUACCAAAUGCUCUACUUUAUAAUUGGGUAAAACCGUCAUCUUAUUGGUUUUCUUAUAGAACAGGACAAAGUCGUCUAAUUUCGAUUGGUGAAACACAUGCUUUUGUUCGAUAUAUUGAUAUUAUUCCUUCUCUAUUAAGCCUUCCACCAGAUGUGUUUAUUUCGAGUGCUGCGGGUAAAUCCAUAGAAAUCCGUGAUCAACCGAAUUUUUGUUACUGUUUAAAAAUUCGUGAACACAAUAAAAUAAACUUUCCUCAUAUUGCUUAUCAUGGAACAAAUAUAAAAGCUAUCGAAUCAAUUCUUAUGGAUGGACUUGUUAUGCCAAAUACAGUCGUCUCAAGUGGAUUACGUAUUUGUCCGCCAAGCUGCCAUAUCCCGCGAGGAGUAUCAGCCUUUGGCAUUGCCGAUUUUUCAAAUGGAAUAUUUGUCACACCAAGUAUACAUUAUUGUUCAGAUCCAGCAUACGCAAUUACAUUUACGCAUGGUGAUGAACGUCUUAUACCCGUGUUGGAGUGUAGUGUAAAAUCUCAUUCAUUCCAGACUUUUAAAUGUACUGUUAAAAAUUAUGUUGCUCAUCCAGGCGAUGAUAUCAAUGCAAUCGAAUGGCGUCUAACAAACCCAGGGGACCUUGAAAUCAUCUCUGUCCUUUUUAUUCCUGUGAUAAAAUCAAAAAGUGAAGCAGAACGGUCCAGAGUUGAGAAACUCGGUGUUAAUCCAGCCGUAUUAAGUAAAACAGAAAAAAUAACUGGUGGUUUUAAGUCCUUUAUUUCUUUUAUCUCAAAAAUUAAUAAAAGCUAA